AUGUGUGAGGGGAAUGGGCAGAAUAUCGACAUAUGGAUAUCCUUGGUGGGUGAUAGGGGCAGGUUCAUUGAAAGUGAGAGGUGUGAGCAUCUGACGGUUGUGGGGGAUCUCAUAGAUUAUGACAGAAUGGAAUGGCGUUGUGAUUUGAUAGAACAAAAUUUUAAUGAGAGGGAUCAACAUUGUAUACUUUCGAUUCCUCUUAGCAGCAGGGCUGGUAGUGAUGGUUUUAUGUGGGCGUAUUCGAAGGAUGGUUGCUAUACUGUUAAAACUGCCUACAUGUUGGGCAAGGCUCUUAAAGCACGCCAUAUCGUCGACGAGGCGCUUUGUCCUUGGUGCCGCAGCAGUGAGGAGACGGUGUUUCAUGCGCUGAUGGGUUGUGUGCGAGUCCGUUACAUCUGGGUGGAAUGUGGAUGUGAAGCUUUGUUGGGUGCAGGGGAAGCUACUGACUUUUGUGAGCUUUUGGUGAAGUGGGGUGAGUUGGAGGCCAAAAUGGUGCAGCGUGGUUGCUUUUUAGCGUGGAAUCUGUGGAAUGAAAGGAAUAAGUAUGUUUUCGAAAACAUACGAACCCCCCUCGAAGUUGUUGCCCAGCGUGUGUUUCGCCAAGCCGAGGAAUACUCCUUAUAUGUCGAGCGGAUCUAUGCAGGCUCCCGCAAACAGUCCUCGCCUAGUCCUAACAAAUGGUGCGCCCCUCCGAGUGGUUUGGUAAAGGUAAAUGCCGAUGCUUCUGUGAAUGGUGAGGGGUGGGUUGGCUUGGGUGCGGUGGCUCGUGAUGAUAAGGGGAGUGUCCUUUUUUCGGCCGUUCGUCGAACCAGGGCUUGGUGGCCACCUGACGUAGCUGAAGCCAAAGCAAUUUAUAUGGCUGUGCUUUGGGCGAAGCAUCAUGGUUUGAAGGAGGUGGUUAUCGAAUCUGAUGCCCAAGUGCUUGUGUCUCGUUUAUCCUCGGCAGCUCUCUUUCACUCGGAUUUGGAUGCUAUUCUUGGAGAUAUUAUUAAUCUUUGCUCAUGGUUUAAUAUCAUUAGUUUUUCGCAUGUAAGGCGUGAUGGGAAUUAUGUAGCUCAUCAUUUAGCAAAAGUAGUGCCAUUUGGUUAUGAACAACGUUGGGAAUUUCAUUGCCCCAGCAUUGUCUAUCCUUAUGUACUUUCGGACGUUUUGUCCCUGGAUUAA